GACUAGCGGAACGGAUGAGCCAGACACGGCGCGUGCAUGCCAGUAGUCUCCGGAGCAACUAGGAGGACGGAGGGACUGGAAAGUGUUCUUGGGCUCGUUUUGCCGUGGGCGUCUCCAGUCAUGCAGACAACAGGAAGAAGCUCCUCCCCACCUUCCCAUGAUUCCAUGAGCUCCAGCGACAGCUUCCUGUUCAGUGACAGUGACCCCGUGGAGGACGACACCGAUGUCUUCCUGUCGGAGGGCGACGCUGGCCGCACCGACGCCCGCUCGCCCUCCUCUUCCCGCUCCGGUCUCCAUGGCGACACCCUGUCCAGCCCCAGCUCUCAGUGGGCCUGCGGCGGCCUGGGCCAGCGGUCAGCACCGGUCACCGGGUCGCGGCCGGCGCCGCUGUCCUUGUCCGUGUCGUCGUCCAGCACGUCGGGGGCGUGGAGCGCCUCGGAGAGCGAGGGGGGGGGCAGCGACCGGAGCGGCCAGUCCCAAGGAGACCUGCUCUUCGCCCAGAAGUGUGUGGAGCUGCAGUGUUUUGUCAGGCCUCUGCUGGAGCUGCUGCAUGGUCUGAAGAAUGGACGGUUUGAUAAGGGUCUGAGCAGUUUCCAGCAGAGCGUUGCAAUGGAUCGCAUCCAGAGGAUUGUGGGAGUGCUGCAGAAACCAAGCAGCGGGGAGAAGUAUCUGAACACCCUGCUGCAGGUGGAGAUGAUGCUGAAGCUGUGGUUUCCUCAGAUCUCUGCUCUGGCCUCUCCGGCCCCCCCGGCCCCCCCGGCCCCCCCGGCCUGCGCCCCCCCCUCGGCCCCCAGCCCUGCACACAGCAGCAGCACACCGCCACACAAGCACAAGGACCAGCUACACAUGCCCGUCAAGAAGCGUCGGCUCAGCUGGUCAGACACGGACUCUUCCUCCACGCCGUCCCCCGUCCUGUGCAAGCGCUUCCAGCUGAGCGGUGACCCUGGGCCGAGCCCGGGCCGGGACCGGGAGAGCGGCUCCUCCACCCCGCUGCUCCAGCAGCACGCCGAGCGGAACACGGAGCGGAGCGGCAGCGACUCGGCCCACGAGCCGUCCUCCCCCCCGCCGUCCUCCCCCCCGCCGUCCUCCCCCCCGCCGUCCUCCCCCCCGCCCCCCCGCUGCUCUGAGCCCCGCCUCACCUGGGUCCACCUCGCCCCCAUCCUCUCGCCCCGCAAGGCCACCACCGGACCAGCACCAGGGGCAGCACCAGGGGCAGGGCCAGGGGCAAUAACAGGACCAGGGGCAAUAACAGGACCAGGGGCAGGGGCAGGGGCAGCACCAGGGGCAGGGGCAGGACCAGGGGCAAUAACAGGACCAGGGGCAAUAACAGGACCAGGGGCAGGGGUAGUGGCAGGGGCAGGAACAAGGGCAAUAGCAGGGGCAAAGGGGAGCUCCGUGGGGACGGUGGCGCCCCCUCAGUCCAGUCGGGGGAGCGCAGCCAUGCAAGACAGCUCCAUCACCUCCACCACCUCCGUCCUGCAGCCUCCCCACCCACUGCUGCAGCCCGGCCAGGGGGCCCCAGAGCAGCCCCCAGCACAUGACUCGCCCCUGCAGGGGAGGGGCCAGGCCACUGCUCCACCAAUCACAACGAGGCCUUUGAGCAGGGCGGAGCCAGAGGCGAUGAUCAACCCUGUGCAGAGCUAG